GGUUCAGGGGUCCUAGCAGCGCGGAUCAGACGGACAGCCGCUUGUGUUCGCAGCAAAUUAAUAAACAUAAUCGUCAAUUUCUCCCCUUCAGUCAAGUGUCACCCGAUCUGAACAUGUCUGGACGUGAAGGAGGCAAAAAGAAGCCGCUGAAGGCGGCGAAGAAACAGGCCAAGGAAAUGGAUGAUGAGGAAAUUGCUUUCAAGCAGAAGCAAAAGGAUGAGCAGAAGGCCUUGGAGUUGCUGAAGGCCAAAGCUUCGGGGAAAGGACCUAUGUGUGGCGCUGGAAUCAAGAAAUCGGGAAAGAAGUAAAAAAAAACUGAAUGUGACGACGACGUUUGUCUGCUCCCCGGCCUCGUGUUCAUGCGUCUGUGACGUUCCUGCGCUCGCUGCGAGUUCGCUCUGCUCAACGUGAACCUUGUCAAAGUUAAAAAAACCUGCCCGGUGUUUUAGCUCCUCCAGCAGUGAAAAUGUACAGAAUAACAAGAGUCGGGGACGGGAUUAUCUGUUGGCCUACACACACACACAUCAUACCCCGCAAACGGCGUGAAAUUCGAGGGUCCAUGCAGUGAUAAUUUGAUGUUGACAACGCUUCACUUCAGUCACACACACUGAACAAAACCUGCAAAUGCAAUUUGGAAAUGGAAAUUCAAAAAAAUAUCUCCACUAUCUUGUUUUUUGUGUCCCUGUUAAACUUUAUCAGAGACACAACCUGCCCCGUGUUCUUUUUUUCUGAUUAUUGUUUUAUUGUAAACAGGGAGAUACAAAUAAAAAUUUUUUUUUGUAA